CCCAGGCGCGGGAAGCAAAGCAUGCUGGGAGAUGGAGUCCGGAGGCGGCCCCGCUCAAUUCACGGGCGGAAAUGGCUCCGGGCUCCUCCCAUCUACCCGCUUUCGCCCAAUCCUCGCAGCCCUCAGAGAGCCAACCAACGGCUGUCUCGAGGUUUCCCCGCGAGAGGGGUUUACUAAUAUCCUGGAGGGGGAAGGAGCAAACCUCUGGGUAAAGUGUAGUUGUGCGACAGGGUUCCAAGCUUGACAUUUUCCGCCGGAAGAGAACUGUUGAGGUCGGGAUUCCAAGCCGCGAGGCAAGAUGCUCAAGUCCAGGACUUUCUUAAAAAAGACGCGGGCGGGCGGCGUGAUGAAGAUCGUGCGCGAGCACUACUUGCGAGACGACAUAGGCUGCGGUGCGUCUGGAUGCGCGGCGUGCGGAAGUGCGCACGAGGGGCCGGUCCUCGAGCCGCAGCCCCUGGAUCGGGUUAGCAGCCUCUGCCCGCAGCCGCACUACUUGCUGCCGGACACCAACGUGCUGCUCCACCAGAUUUUAAUGUCUGGAGGUCGGGGACCUGGGCUUCUGUGGCCUCCAGCCUGCGACCCCCAGGCAGCUUAUUGAUGUCCUUGAGGACCCUGCCAUCAGGAAUGUCAUUGUGCUACAAACAGUUCUCCAAGAAGUGAGAAAUCGGAGUGCUCCGGUAUAUAAACGAAUCCGAGAUGUGACUAAUAACCAGGAGAAGCAUUUCUAUACAUUUACUAACGAGCACCAUAGAGAAACUUAUGUAGAACAAUUACAGGGAGAAACUUCUAAUGACAGGAAUGAUAGAGCCAUUCGAGUAGCAGCAAAGUGGUACAAUGAACAUUUGAAGAAAAUGUCGGCAGAGAAUCAGCUGCGAGUUAUCUUCAUAACCAAUGACAGGAAAAACAAAGAGAAAGCCAUCGAAGAAGGGAUACCAGCUUUCACUUGUGAAGAAUAUGUAAAAAGCCUAACUGCUAACCCCGAACUCAUAGAUCGUCUUGCUUGUUUGUCUGAAGAAGGGAAUGAAAUAGAUAGUGGAAAAAUAAUAUUUUCAGAGCAUCUUCCAUUAAGUAAGCUACAACAAGGCAUAAAAUCUGGUGCAUACCUUCAAGGGACAUUUAGAGCUAGCAGGGAAAAUUACUUAGAAGCUACAGUAUGGGUUCAUGGUGACACUGAAGACAAUAAAGAGAUAAUCUUACAAGGACUUAAAAAUUUAAACCGAGCUAUUCAUGAAGAUAUUGUGGCUGUGGAGCUUCUUCCGAAGAAUCAGUGGGUAGCACCAUCUUCUGUGGUUUUACUUGACGAAGGUCAAAAUGAAGAUGAUAUGGAGAAAGAAGAGGAGAGAGAAUGCAUUCUUAAGACUGCUGUAAGUGAAAAAAUGUUAAAGCCUACAGGUAGAGUUGUUGGAAUAAUAAGAAGGAACUGGAGACCAUAUUGUGGCAUGCUUUCCAAGUCUGAUAUUAAAGAGUCAAGAAGACAUCUCUUUACUCCUGCUGAUAAGAGAAUCCCUAGAAUUCGGAUAGAAACCAGAAAGGCGUCUACAUUAGAAGGGCAGAGAAUUAUUGUUGCUAUUGAUGGUUGGCCCAGAAAUUCCAGAUAUCCAAAUGGGCACUUCGUAAAAAAUUUAGGUGAAGUCGGAGACAAAGAGACUGAAACGGAAGUUUUGUUACUUGAGCAUGAUGUUCCCCAUCAGCCUUUCUCACAGGCUGUUCUUAGCCUUCUACCAAAGAUGCCCUGGAGCAUCACUGAGAAGGACAUGAAAAACAGAGAAGACCUGAGACAUCUGUGUGUUUGUAGUGUGGACCCCCCAGGAUGUACUGAUAUAGAUGAUGCUCUCCAUUGUAGAGAACUUGAAAAUGGAAAUUUGGAGGUUGGUGUUCAUAUUGCUGAUGUUAGCUAUUUUAUUAGACCAGGAAAUGCAUUGGAUCAAGAAUCAGCUAGAAGGGGAACAACUGUGUAUCUUUGUGAAAAGAGGAUUGACAUGGUUCCAGAGUUGCUUAGCUCUAACUUAUGUUCCCUAAGAUCUAACGUUGACAGGUUGGCAUUUUCAUGUAUUUGGGAAAUGAAUCACAAUGCAGAAAUCUUAAAAACAAGGUUUACCAAAAGUGUCAUUAAUUCAAAGGCUUCCCUUACAUAUGCUGAAGCUCAGAUGAGAAUUGAUUCAGCAACCAUGAAUGAUAGUAUUACUACUAGUCUCCGUGGACUAAAUAAACUAGCUAAAAUUUUGAAAAAAGGAAGAAUUGAAAAUGGGGCUUUGACUCUUUCUUCUCCAGAAGUUCGAUUCCACAUGGACAGUGAAACUCAUGAUCCUAUAGAUCUGCAGACCAAGGAACUCAGAGAAACAAAUUCCAUGGUGGAAGAAUUUAUGUUACUUGCCAACAUCUCUGUUGCAAAAAAAAUUCACGAAGAAUUUCCUGAGCAUGCUCUGCUUCGAAAACAUCCUGCCCCUCCUCCAUCAAAUUACGAAAUUCUUGUUAAGGCAGCUAAAUCCAAGAAUUUGGAAAUUAAAACUGAUACAGCCAAGGCUUUGGCUGACUCUUUGGACCGGGCUGAUUCACUUACCUUCCCAUAUCUAAACACCCUGUUAAGAAUAUUGGCAACUCGCUGCAUGAUGCAAGCUGUGUACUUCUGCUCUGGAAUGGAUACUGAUUUUCAUCACUAUGGCUUAGCGUCCCCAAUAUACACACAUUUUACUUCACCCAUCCGAAGAUACGCAGACAUCAUCGUUCAUCGGUUAUUGGCUGUGGCUGUCGGGGCUGACUGCACUUACCCAGAGUUGACAAACAAACACAAGCUUGCAGAAUUAUGUAAAAAUCUCAAUUUUCGGCACAAAAUGGCACAGUACGCUCAGCGUGCAUCUGUGGCUUUUCAUACCCAGUUAUUUUUCAAAAGCAAAGGAAUAGUAAGUGAAGAAGCUUAUAUUCUAUUUGUGAGAAAGAAUGCUCUUGUGGUGUUAAUUCCAAAGUAUGGAUUAGAAGGUACAGUGUUUUUUGAAGAAAAGGACAAACCAAAGCCACGGCUUACUUACGAUGAUGAGAUACCAUCACUUAAAAUAGAAGAUACAGUGUUUCAUAUAUUUGAUAAAGUUAAAGUGAAAAUCAUGUUAGACUCAUCUAAUCUUCAGCAUCAGAAGAUCCGAAUGUCCCUGGUAGAACCACAGAUACCAGGAAUAAGCGUUCCUACUGAUACUUCAAACAUGGAGAUUAGUGAACCAGAGACAAAGAAGAAGAAGCUUCAAAAAUAGCUACAGUCAAGAAAAAAAAAGCUUCAAAGAUUGGUUUCCUUAAAAAAAAAAUCUUGAGGGAACACUUGUAAACCUAAGAAGUGUGUGAUAGUUUGUUACUUCUAAGCACAUUUUAAUAAUUUUUGAAAUUUGCAUUUUUAUUGAACUGUUGACUGUGUCUGUCCCAUCAUACUACUUCCUUUCUGGAUUGAACAGAACUAUUUAUGCAGAAAAAUUCGAUUGAAUAACCAUCACUUAAAUAGUGACAGGAUAACAACUUGAGGGAUCUGUAAAGAUCAUUUAAAGGGAGCACUCAUCUGCUCACUGAAGAGGAGAUGAAUUUUGCAUAAGUAAUUUGAUUAUCUACUAUUGAUAGAAAAAAACUGUAAUUUUCCUAUGGAGAAAAUAUAACAUUUUUAGAAGGAACAGUCUAUUCUUUCUGAGUCUUGAAAGCUGUCAGUGUGUGGUACGGCAGUUUUUAGAUUUCAAGACAGUGAAGUCAGGAGCUGUCAGGGACUUCAGCAUUUAAUCUCCUUUGCCACCUUUAAUUUACCUGACUUAUACUAAGUGUUCCUGUACUGUUAAAAAGCCUCCUGCAUUUUAUUAGUGGUUCUUGAACAGCUGUGAAUGUUUGGGAAUUGGGUGUUGAAGGAAGGUGAAGUAGAAUAUUUUGAUCUAACUGGAAAAAUAGUUUUUUUUUAAUACCAGAUAAUAAGUGUGAUCAUCAUCCUUGACCUUCAGCUCAAAUAUCUCCCCGAAAAUAAGGCAUUAGGGUUCAAAGAAAGAAUAGAGAUGGCCCUUUAAACAUCACAUCGUGUUACUUAUAAAAUAAGGAGGCAAUUAAUAAUGGCUUUUAAAUUGCAUAUAUAUCAGACUAUGGAGGAAAGGAGGGGUUGCAUGAGGACAUUAAAGGGAACAGAUUGAAGUACUGCUA